AUGGCCGCGGGUGCGCGGCCACCACUAGCUCUGUUGCUUCCCCUGUUCGUUACUUUCUUCUCCUCCCCUGCCUCCGCGGCUGACACCAUCACCGCCAACUCUUCCCUCAGCGAUGGACAGACGCUCGUUUCAACCACCGGAGUGUUCCAGCUGGGCUUCUUCACCCCGGCUGACUCGACGGCGAGGUUCCUGGGCAUCUGGUACAUGGGCCUCGCUCCCCAGACCGUCGUCUGGGUCGCCAACCGGGAAGCCCCGAUCACCGGCGCCACGGCGAGCCUCGCCAUCAACGGCACCGGCAGCCUGGUGCUCGCCGACCCCUCGGGGCGGGUGUUCUGGUCGUCGCCGCCGCCGUCGAACGUGAGCAGCACUGGCGCCGCCCCGGUGGCGGCGCAGCUGCUGGACAGCGGUAACUUCGUGCUCCGAGGCGGGGGUGGCGCCGGCGCCGGCGCCGUCCUGUGGCAGAGCUUCGACUACCCGUCCGACACCCUGCUCCCGGGCAUGAAGCUCGGGUGGGACCUGACCACGGGGCUCGACCGGCACCUGACGACGUGGCGGAGCCCCGGCGACCCGUCCCUGGGCGACUACACGUUCGGGUUCGACCUCCGUGGCGUCCCCGAGGGGUUCAUACGGCGCGACGGCACGGUGCCCGUGUACCGGAACGGGCCGUGGAACGGGCUGCAGUUCAGCGGCGAGCCGGAGAUGGAGCCCAACAACAGCAACUUCCAGUUCGAGUUCGUCGACAACGCCAGCGACGUGUACUACACGUUCCUGGUGGACGGCGGUAACGGCGGCGGCGUGGUGUCGCGGUUCGUGCUGAACCAGUCGAGCGUGCAGCGCUACGUGUGGCCGCCGGGCGGGCAGGGGUGGAGCCUCUACUGGUCGCUGCCGCGGGACCAGUGCGACAACUACGGGCACUGCGGCGCCUUCGGCGUCUGCGACACCAGCAGCGGGUCCGCGACGUGCGCCUGCGUGCGCGGGUUCACGCCGGCGUCGCCGCGAGACUGGGAGCUCAGGGACAGCUCCGCUGGGUGCAGGCGCGUCACGCCACUCAACUGCACCGGGGACGGCUUCCUGCAGCUGCGCGGCGUCAAGCUGCCGGACACGACCAACGCGACGGAGGACGCGGCCAUCACCGUCGACCAGUGCCGGCAGAGGUGCCUCGCCAACUGCUCCUGCCUGGCCUACGCCGCUUCCAACAUCAAGGGCGGCGACAGCGGCUGCAUCGUCUGGAGCUCGCUGCUCGUUGACAUAAGACAUUUCCCUUCCGGUGGCCAGGAUCUGUUCGUUCGCCUCGCGGCAUCCGAUCUGCCCUCCAAUGGAGACGGUUCCAGGAAGAAGAACAUAGUCGUCGCCGUUCUCGUAAGCUUAUCGGCCAUUCUCCUUUUCGGCUUCGGCGGAUUCUUCAUCUGGAACAAGCUUUUCAGAAACAAAGGGAGGUUUCAGAGCGUGCAGAGGUUCAGCUCGUUUGACUCCAACGUCCUUCUUACUCCGGUCCAACUCCAAGACAGGAGCAAGGAGGACGAAGCCGGUCAGAGCAGCGACCUGAACGUCACGCUCUUUGACAUGGACGCCAUAGCUUUCUCCACUGACAACUUCGCGGCGUGGAACAAGCUCGGAGAAGGCGGCUUCGGCGUGGUGUACAAGGGGAAACUGGAAGGAGGGCAGACGGUGGCGGUGAAGCGGCUGUCCAAGUACUCGACGCAGGGUCUGGGCGAGUUCAAGAACGAGGUGAUGCUCAUCGCCAAGCUGCAGCACGUGAACCUGGUCAGGCUCCUGGGCUGCUGCGUCCAUGGAGAGGAGAGGAUGCUGGUGUACGAGUACAUGGAGAACAAGAGCCUCGACAACUUCAUCUUCGACAAGAAUCGAUCAGCUCAGCUGCACUGGUCGAAGAGGUUCGACAUCAUCCUGGGCAUCGCACGGGGGCUCCUGUACCUGCACCAGGACUCCCGGUACAAGGUGAUCCACCGGGAUCUCAAGGCCGGAAACAUCCUCCUGGACAAGGACAUGAACCCCAAGAUCUCUGACUUCGGCGUGGCCAGGAUCUUCGGCGACGACACCGACUCCCACACGAGGAAAGUCGUCGGGACAUAUGGGUACAUGUCUCCGGAGUACGCCAUGGACGGCGUGUUCUCGGUGAAGUCCGACGUGUUCAGCUUCGGCGUGCUGGUGCUGGAGAUCAUUAGCGGCAGGAAGAACCGGGGUAUGUACAGCAGCGGCGAGCAGACGAGCGUCCUGAGCCAAGCGUGGAGGCUGUGGAGGGAAGGCAACGCGCUGGCGCUGCUGGACGAGGCGGUGGCACGCGCCGGCACGCACCGGACCUCCGAGGUGCUGCGCUGCGUGCAGGUGGCGCUGCUGUGCGUGCAGGAGCGGCCCGACGACCGGCCGCACAUGGCUGCGGUGUUCCUGGCGCUCGGCAACCCGGGCGCGGUGCUCUCGCAGCCCAGGCACCCGGGCUACUGCAGCGACCGGGGCUCCGCGUCCACCGAUGGCGAGGGGUCGACAACCUGCACCGUCAACGACGUCACCGUCACCAUCGUGGAAGGACGGUGA